CCAACAGGGGGCAAGAUGGUUGGGUCCUGCACUAAAGCUGGAGCGGAGGCAGAAUGAGAGUGUGGUCCAUGAGAAUCUGCAGAAGAUAGAAUGAACUGGAAUUGAUGUGUGCUGCUCAUAUCCAUGUGACUCAGUGGCUCUUUGUUUGGCCACAGAGCUAACUGAGCUACACGGCAGCUAAUCUAGCAACCGGUGAGAGAUCCCACCAAGAGAAACCAGCCACCUGAUUCUCCAUCUGCAGAGAGAUUUUGCACUAGCAUGUCUGUCUCAGUCAUCAUUAAGUGGGGCGGGCAGGAGUACUCCAUCACUUCCCUGUCUGAGGAGGACACAGUGCUGGACCUGAAGCAGUCCAUCAAAUCUCUUACAGGAGUUCUCCCUGAACGCCAGAAGCUGCUCGGACUGAAGGUGAAAGGUAAGCCAGCAGAUGAUGAGACGAAGCUGGGCACCUUAAAGCUGAAGCCAAACACUAAGAUCAUGAUGAUGGGCACCAGAGAGGAAAGCCUGGAAGACGUCUUGGCUCCACCUCCUGAAAACGAUGACGUGGUCAAUGACUUCGACAUUGAAGAGGAGGUGAUUGAGGUAGAAAACAGAGAGGAGAAUCUGGCUAAGAUAGCUCGUCGUGUAAAAGACUACAAAGUGGAGGAGCUGAACCCACCGAGGGAAGGGAAGAGAUUACUUGUAUUAGACGUUGACUACACACUGUUUGAUCACAAAUCAUGUGCAGAAACAGGACAAGAGCUCAUGAGGCCCUUCCUCCACGAGUUCCUCACCUCUGCUUACGAGGACUACGACAUCGUCAUCUGGUCUGCAACAAGCAUGAAAUGGAUUGAUGCCAAAAUGAAGGAGCUAGGUGUGACCGACAACCCCAACUACAAGAUCACCUUCAUGCUGGACAGUGGCGCCAUGAUCACAGUGCACACGCCCAAAAGGGGGAUUGUGGAGGUGAAGCCACUUGGAGUAAUAUGGGGAAAAUAUGGCGAGUUUUACAGCCGAAAAAAUACCAUCAUGUUUGAUGACAUUGGAAGGAACUUCCUUAUGAAUCCACAAAAUGGACUGAAGAUUAGACCGUUUAUGAAAGCACAUUUAAACCGAGAGAAAGACAAGGAACUCCUCAAGCUCUCUCAUUACCUGAAAGAGAUCGCCAAGCUAGAUGACUUCUCAGGACUCAAUCACAAACACUGGGAACGGUACCUCUCAAAGAAACAGAGUCAAUGAAGCUGUCGCCACACGCCAAAUCACUGACCAUUCCUCAAGAACAAGCGGUGCUGGACACCCACAAGCCCUCAAUAAACAACUCCCUACCUUCAGCCUAGCUUUCUCUCAUCUCUCCAUGCUCCCUUGUUCCUGGGGAAAGAAGGUUUAAAACGUUCACCUGUCCUCACACUACACUGUGGCAUGACAAAGUUUGAGCUCCCUUGGUCAGUAUUUCUGUUAGUGGCCUUACUUUUAGCUACAUAACCUAGCAGCUAAUUUAAGUUUAGUUUACAGCAAGUUUCUUUCAUUGUUUACUUGAAAAUGACAAAGUAUUUGUACAAAAAUGAAAUAUAAAUGAAACUAAUCAUGCAUGAAAUCUUUCAUAUUGAAUUUGCAAGUCUUUUGCAAAUCAUUUGGUUAAUCUUCUAUUCACUUCUCUAAUAUUUACACUAACAGAAAUUAUGACCACGGUGCUUACAUACUUUUUGUGUGUCCCUGUCCUUGUUUUCAAGCCAAUAACUGCAUCAACUGUAGCUACCAUGAGCAUGACUGCCCGCCCUGCCCCGCCCCACCUCACCUUCUACUUUGAAAUCAUGGCUUGCGGGGUAUUUUUUUACAGGAUGGGCUAAUUGCCAUAUUUAGGUACCAAGUCUGCCUGAUUUACUGAGACUGGUUAAAUGGUACGUGUGUUUAAAUUGCUGC